CUGCAGGCAGCUAUGGUGUUCUUCUCCGCAGUGUCCCGUCUGUGUCUCCUCCCAGCGCCACCAUUUGUCCGCCUACUUAGUCCUCACAAACCUCUUCGAUUUAGCUCUAAACAAUCAUUCCUAGGAUUGUCUCCAUGCAAGUCUUCGUUGAAAGCUCCAACCUUCCGAUCUUUCUCAUUCAAUUCUAAGGGUACCCACUCUAUUAGAGAAAACUCAACAGCUGCAGAUGAUAAUUUGAUCGUUUUGGGCAUUGAAACUAGCUGCGACGACACUGCCGCUGCCGUCGUUCGAAGCAAUGGAGAAAUUCUUAGCCAAGUUAUUUCUUCCCAGUCAGAUUUACUUGCCAAGUAUGGAGGAGUUGCUCCUAAACAGGCUGAAGAGGCACAUUCCUUAGCAAUUGAUCAGGUGGUGCAGGAAGCUCUUGCCAAUGCCAAAGUAAAUGAAACCGACCUUUCUGCAGUUGCUGUCACUAUUGGCCCGGGUUUAAGCCUUUGCCUUCGCGUCGGUGUGCAGAAAGCUCGAAGAAUUGCUGGCACUUUCAACCUACCCAUUGUAGGCGUUCAUCACAUGGAAGCACACGCUUUGGUUGCUAGAUUAGUUGAUAAGGAGGUUCAAUUUCCUUUCAUGGCCUUGCUUAUCUCAGGAGGUCACAAUCUUCUAAUACUUGCACUAGAUCUCGGUCAAUACAUACAACUUGGUACCACGAUCGAUGAUGCCAUUGGCGAAGCAUAUGACAAGACGGCUAAAUGGCUCGGUCUUGAUUUGAGGAGGAGCGGUGGUCCAGCUAUCGAGGAACUUGCACGAGAGGGUGAUCCAGAAUCCAUUAAAUUUUCUGUCCCGAUGCAACAGCAUAAAGAUUGCAACUUUUCUUAUGCCGGGCUGAAAACUCAAGUGCGACUCGCAAUCAAAUCCAAAAAUAUCAAUGUUGAAGUUCCUAUUGCUUUAGCAACUGAUGAAGACAGAAAAUUGCGAGCUGAUCUUGCAGCGUCGUUCCAGCGAGUAGCAGUACGCCAUCUUGAGGAAAGAUGUAGACGAGCAAUCGAAUGGGCAUUGGAGAUCCAACCUUCGAUAAAACAUCUGGUGGUGUGUGGCGGAGUUGCAUCUAACGAAUAUGUUAGGGCUCGAUUGAGGUGCGUUUCUGAUAAGAGUGGGCUAAAACUUGUGUGCCCUCCGCCUAAGCUUUGUACUGAUAAUGGAGUAAUGGUAGCUUGGACUGGAAUAGAGCAUUUUAGGGUAGGAAGAUUUGAUCCUCCACCACCCAAACCCGAACAUGAAGACCAAAAUGCAAUUCUGGACCUUAGGCCGAGAUGGCCAUUAGGAGAUGAGUACGAGAGAGGAAAGAGUGAAGCUCGAUCACUCAAAACGGCUAGGGUUCAUCCUUCGCUUACUUCACUUAUCCGAGCAUCUAUACUUCAGCAACAAUCGUCGUUAUAAGUCUCCAAAAACAUCUUUUUUGUAAGUGUACAAUGUAUUUAUCUGACUUUUAUUUAUGUUUUCUGUCAAAAUUGUUUCAACUAACAAAGCUUAAAUUUAAACAAUUUUCCCUCCUUUU